GGCGAUCGCCGUGAUCGCCCCGUGAGCAACAUGUUCGGCGAGGACGCGGCCGCAGCAGAGGCAGGGCCGGCGGGGCCGCCCAGCGCCCUGAGCCUGCUCGCCGUGCUCGCAUCCGCGGCCCUCUGCUGGGUGCUGUACAGGGUCCGCAUGCGGCAGUGCGAGGCUGUACUGGAUGAGAUGGGCGUGGCCCUGGAGAACGUUCGGCGCACGGCGGCGGCCCUAGAGACGCGGAGGAGGGUCGUCAAGGCAGCGGCGGUGACGGCGGAGAAGGCCCUCAAGGAAUACGACGAGUUCCUCGCCAUGCUCCGUAAGAUACAGGAGGAGGGGCGGCCGCGCCCGGACCUGCCCGUCCUGCGACACCAGCUGGACGUGGAGACGGUGCGCGCCCGGGUCAGCAUGGUGCAGGGCAGCCUGCUGGCCAUGUCGCAGGAGGUCCUCAGCCUCGGGGCGUUGCCCGCCUCAGUCUGUCCGGACAGUAAGGGGGACGUCUUAUCAUCUUUGCAGAAACACCGCAAGUCGUACACGCACAUGUCAGAGGAGCUCCUAACUCUACUCGACGAGCGUGUGUCGGAACACGUCAGCGAUGCCUUAUUCAGCGCACCUGGCACAACAUAGCCGCGGAGUCAUUGCUUGCAGCGGCGUUGGGGUUGAAAAAUAGUAUUAUAUGCAAAAAUUGUAUUAUUUUUUAAACUUUAUUUGUUUAAAAAUAGAAAACAAAA